AUGAGUUGCCCCUUCAGUGCCCAAGAGCUUAGAGAUUUGAUAACCAAACUUGAGCAGUUGGAGACUUGGCAGAAACAAGCUGAAGCCUCAGCUGGUUCCUCUUCAAGAGGUUAUACGCGCGGAGACCCAAAGGCACGUGCCAAAGCAGCUGCACCAGUGCUGUCUAAGCCGGUUUUUCCUGCGAUCCCUCAGAUUGCCUUCCGUUUUACGUUGGUGAAAGAAGCUGGACCUGAGUUCAUUGGAGCUCCAUUUCCUGGUGUGGAAGAGGGACCUGGACCUUUGCCUGCCCUUUUGCAAGACCAAGCCAUCUUCCUUGAUUGCGACGAGCGCGAAGCCCUUCAGAGGGUUCACCUGAGUUUUGCGGCAGGUUUUUGGGCCAGAGCAUCUUUGGAAACUCACUGCCACACCUUCACCCCGAGCAAGAAUUGCAGUUCCGGCUCUGUGGGAGCCAUGCUGACCAAAGAUCGGUUGAAACCAGCCAGCAGAGGUGAUCCCUCUCUGUUGGUAAUGACAGUUCCUGGGGUCGCAUCGUCGGUUGGAGAUGAUGUAGAUGUUUUUUGCCUUCCGAUUGAUACCCGUACAGGGGGGAUGCUUUUAGCUUUGCCUCAUGAUAGCAUUUCCCAAGAAGCACUUUUGCUUGGCCAGUCUGGAACCGAAGAGUUGCUGUUUGGCUCAAAUACCUUUGUGACUGUCCCCUUGGUUGAGGAAUCUGAUGACCUUUUGUCGGUGGUCGCGCUUGGGAUUGAUGCCAAGGUGCUGGUUGUUGAUGUCAACGAUGAUGUUCUGUUGAGCUGCCGAGAAUAUGACCCGGUCACGGAUCAUCUAACGGGCAUACUUGGUUUUUCUCAUGAUCACCUAAAUAGCCUGCCAGAGCCUACUCAGUUGGUUGCGCUUGUCACGGAAUGGCUGUUGGGAAGGUCAGAUGAUAGGACGGGGUUUUAUACAGCUCAAGAAGACCUGGCAGAACCCUCUCCAAAGGUGAGUCGCAGCAGUGCAGCUGGUCAGCUUCCGACUGGCAAAAAGGCGAAUACAGCCAAGCGUGUUUCAAAUGCCGCAGUUGCAGAACAGUUAGCAGCCUUAACUGCUCAGCUCCAGUUGUUGUCAAAACGCCAAGACCAGUUAGAAAAGGCAAGCAGCUCUACUGCCGCUCCUGCGCCAGAUCCUUUUGUUGGUCCCACGCCCAAGUUGCCAGCCCUAUCAUCCGCGCUCAAGAACCCGAGCGGGGUGUCACAGACGGUGCCAGCCAAAGCUUUGCAGUUGAUAGGACCUCCUCCAAAGGUAAAAGCCAGUCAAGCUGUGGUUCCUGCUGUAGGUGUGGCAGGCGACGAACCUUACGAUGCCUUGCAGCCUGGACCGGAAGAACCAGCCAUAGCAGUAGCUAUUCAGCAGCAAAGCAAUGCUGUUUUCGCUUUAGUGGCGCACCUCACUUCCCAAGCGGGAGACGUGCUGGGGGAUUUCAGUGCAACUGGAAGUCAGUCUGGUACAACCAAAGGCGUGCAGCGCAGAGAAAAGAUGCAGAGCGAUCUUGCCAACGGGAGCAGCAGUUAUUUCUUGCAGAUGAUGCAGCAGUUACAUCGCAGGCUUUACCCUUCCAGACCUGUUCCUCAAGAAGAAGAGAAUCUGAUGAGUGUGUCGGUUCUGCACUACUUGGAGAGACAGGGAGGCUACAAAAGCAACAGGGAGUUGGGUUUAGUGGCCUGGGUUUUGGGCCAUGCCAUAGAUGCAGCUGCUGCGGGCGAUUUUUGCCACACAAAGGAGGUGUUAGCACUUUUGAUGGUGGCAGUCGAGCAAGCAACAAUAGACCGAGGCGAUUGGUCCCUGGCAUAUAUGUUAACGCUCAUGGAGGAGCCGCCGAAUCAGAUGUUCCAGGACAGAAGCGCUGCCAUGCUCCACCACACGAGACCAUUCGGUCCGCUGGUCCCACCUCAGUGGACUGCAGUGUGCCUUUCCUACCUAAAGGACCUGGAGGUGCUUGCAACCCGGAAGACCGAAACAGCAAAGAAAAUCGCGAAGCCUGCAGUAGCCUCCGAGAGCCCUCCGGCUUCGCAGGAGCCAGACAGAGAGGCUUCCCCGAAACGGAAGCCGAGAUUCCCGAAGAAGCCGAAGGCCAAGCAGGCCACGGAUGCCUGA